AUGCAACCGAUAUUCGAGGCAGUAGCAGGUCAACCAGGUCGAUAGUGUGGCCACAUGGUAAAUUUCCAAUUACAAACGCGAUCACAUACAGUCGAGAGUCCACCCGUAGUUUCGGGAAUGAAAAAGACCUUACACGAUACACGCGUUGCCGAUCGAUAAAGCAGUGAUGAAUAUUCAGAGUUUUUUGCCCUCUAAUCGAUUCUUUAUCCUCAUAGAUGAUUGUCAACUCAACUGAACCUGAACCAGUUUUACCUACAACCGAAAAGUCGUCGAUCGGGCCGGGCAACUGACACUGACAUGUGGCCCCACACAGCCACACUCAGUCUGUGUACUUCGUACCCUGCUCGAUCCAGAGCGAGGUGAGAUGAGCCACUGAGCCACAAGCCCAAUCGCCCACAUUGUCCUAACCGAAAGUCCGAAACCGCCACGCGAGUGCGACGCCGCGCGCCCGCGCGCCCACUGGGGAGAGACGGAUCGAUCAAGCUCGGUCAAAAACACAACCGCGACGUGCGGGGAAGCAGCCGCGGCCGCGGUGGACGUGGAGACGGCGAAAUGGGGUGGGUGCGGAUGCGGGUGCGGGUGCGGAGCCCGCCGGUGAUGCAGUCGAAGCUGCUCUGCCUCUCCCUGCUCUACCUCCUCACCACGCUCCCGCUCGCGCUCUACGUCUCCUUCUCCGACCCGGCCUCCGCCGCCUCGCGCUGCCUCGUCUUCCUCCCCUUCCGUUCCUCCGCUCCUUCGUCGGCGGCGUCGGCGGCGCUGUUCGAGUACCCGCGCGAGUACGGCGAGCACAAGCACGCGAUCCCCGCCACGCGCGCGCUCUGCUCCGACCCCGCCGUCUUCUCAGACUAUAAGACGGUCUUAGAAGAGAUCAACAAAUUCUGCCGCAACCUCUCGGCGUCUCCUUAUGCAAAACCAGCAUUGCGGUACCAGAAUGGGAGGAGGAACUCGUUCGCGGGAAAUUUGUCCACCGUUGAGCGGAGAUCCUUCUUCAACCACACUGAUAGCGCAGUUGAAAUUCCAUGUGGGUUCUUCAAGGAAUUCCCCGUCAGAGAAUCUGACAGAUUGGCCAUGGAGAAGUGCAAUGGCGUGGUGGUGGCGUCGGCGAUCUUCAACGACCACGACAAGAUCCGGCAGCCCAAGGGGCUCGGCUCCGAGACGCUCCGGACGGUGUGCUUCUUCAUGUUCAUCGACGAUGCCACCCACAGAGUCCUCGCGAGCCACAACAUCCUAGCCGGCGAGCGCGGCGAGGCCGGCACGAUCGGUGCGUGGCGCGUGGCGAGGCUUGUCGCCGGCGCCGGCGGCGACCACCGGCUCCCCUACGAGAACCCGGCCAUGAAUUGCGUGAUCGUGAAGUACCUCCUGCACAGGCUGUUCCCGAACGCGAGGUUCAGCGUCUGGGUGGACGCCAAGAUGCAGCUCACCGUCGACCCGCUGCUGCUGGUGCACUCGUUCGUCGCCGGGAAGGGUGCGGACAUGGCGGUCUCCAAGCACCCGUUCAACCUCCACACCAUGGAGGAGGCGAUCGCGACGGCGCGGUGGCGCAAGUGGGGCGACGUGGAUUCCAUCAGGGAGCAGAUGGAGACGUACUGCCGGAACGGCCUGCAGCCAUGGUCCCCUAUCAAGCUUCCAUAUCCGUCAGAUGUGCCGGACACGGCGAUCAUCAUCAGGAGGCACGGCCUCGCCAGUGAUCUCUUCUCCUGCCUCCUUUUCAACGAGCUGGAGGCGUUCAACCCGCGCGACCAGCUCGCCUUCGCCUAUGUCCGGGACCAGAUGAGCCCCAAGGUGAUCAUGAACAUGUUCGACGUCGAGGUGUUCGAGCAAAUCGCCGUCGAGUACCGGCACAACCUAAAGCGUGGCAAUGGCGGGGCAGGAGGGAAGCAGGGCAUCACCAGGAUGGCAUCCUCGGGAGACAUCGCAGGGAGCAGCUGCGAGAGAUACCUUCUGAAGAUGUGGGGGGAGACUACUGAAUAAAGUCUUUGGAAAUUUUGUCAGUUCGUUGUUUCAUUUUUUUUUUCUUCUGAAGAUUGCAUUGGUGUAAAUAUACAAAAGGGAUAAACACAACUAGAAAUGUUGGUAAAUAAUUGUAGGUUGUAAAAUAGGUAUGCAUAAUGAGAAUCGAGAACAUUUACGUCACAAA